ACAGAUUCGCAUUGCGAUGGUGAGAGAUGUUGUUGCAGCGAACAGUUUAACCCACCAGUACAUGUCGCCCUGACGGUUUGAUCCAGUUAUGGAUGAGAUGCUUUCGUCUACCCUAAGCUCGGCGAUGGCAAUGGUUUAGAUUCGUCGAGGAGACUUGGACGUGACCACUGGUUGCGGGCUGAAGUUGGUUAUACAUAUAGCAAUGCGCCCACCGGCACCUACCAACAGGAGAAGUGGCAUUUGAGAGGCCAACAGUGAUGGACAGCUUGACAUUUACAACCGACUCAUGAUCUCCCGGAAACAGCUCCAGGAAGAGGGAGUGUGCGCCCGAAAUAGGCUCGAUGGUGCUUCUCUCCCAACAGAGAUAUGGGAGAUACGGGCCGGCUGGCUGGCUGGCUGGCUGGCUGUGAGUGAAGGAAAAAGGUGCUGCCGAUCAUUCUGAAUUGUCGACGAUUCGUUUAAAGUUCUAGAUGUUAUGCAUUGCGACCUUCUCUGCACAAACUUGCGGGUGCUGUCCUGGUGUUGUGUCCACGAAUCGGAUGGGGUUGAAUUCUUCAGGUUGUCGACACGGGCAUGAAGUCGAAAACGCACACUCAUGAGUUAGACAACGGCGUGGGCGAUCAACUCUCUGGUAUUGAUCGAAAUCGAGCUGUCAGAGGAUAUUGAUGGAACCAGUAAGCUUGACCGUUUCGCUCGCUCAAACUCUGCUCCAGACGGUGACUCGUGCGAUUACAUGGUGGAAUCAGACGGAAAACGCCGAGGUAGCCGAGGAGCUCAGCUUGUUUGCCAAGAAUCUCAAGCAUAACAUUGGCGUGCUGAGCUGGAGAAAAGUGGCCAAAAACACCACCUCAACUUACGCAAUUGAGGCUCUACAGGGGGAUCUUCGGCGAGGGCAGAAGGAUGCAGAGAGAAUUUUGAUGGAAAAUGUCGUCGAGUCCUUAUGGCACGCCACGAAAACGAUGUCCGAGCUCUUGCUGAUCCACCAGCGAGUUAUAACCUCGUUCCAAAUCCAGCUUUUGCUCAUCAUCGUCGAUGUGACUCUCGACAACAAGGAGAUGCAGAAGUUCCAUGCUGCAGUGGACCGCAUGCAAGCGGAGUUAGUCACAGCGUACGCGACCACGAACGCCGCCUCGACCCGGAAGGAGCUCAAGGCUCAUAUGCGCAAGGACUUGCAAGAGAUGUUCGUCCCGCUGCUGGCGGCGAUGCGAUCUCACGGCCAAAGCAUCGAGGAAGUGAUCUGUAUCAUCAAAGGAGACGAGCGGCAAGCUCAGACGGAUGAUUUGGAGAAAAUCUUUGCCGAUCUGGUGGCGGCGGCUCAUGAAAGGGACGGCCCCGGCAGCAGCAGCAGCAGCAGGAGGGACAAGACGACGGCGAUGGAGCCAGUGUCGAGCUCGGGAUUUUACAAGUCCAACACGCUCAAGUGGUAUCACGACCCCAUCACGUGGGAGGUCAUGUGCGAUCCGGUGAAAGCCAGCGAUCGGAGAACGUACGACAGAUGGACACUGAUUCACCAUGCCAGCAGUAUGAAACUGAGCCCAUUCGACAGGAGCCCGCAUCUGCAGAUCAUCUUCGAUGACAUCGACGUGAGGAGUCGAUUGUUUCAGAAGUACCCCGAGCAGGAGGAGAUUUAUCGGACCCUGCGCAGUCGGUACCGGCAGCAAGCUCUGGAGAAAGCCAACGGGGAGGAUUGCAAUCCCGACGAGGUGCUCGUCAUGCUCAACCACGUGCUGGCCUGGGCGGAAAACGACGACGAGUGUCGUGCCAAGCGCGAUGAAAUGCUCAUGCGCGUUUCCCGAUCCAACAACGACGACAUGCUCUCGUCUUCGAGCUCCGGUUCCGUCUCCAACAACCCGAUGCAAAUCUCAUCUUCAAGUAUGUAUGGCGGCAUCAUCAGCACCACCAUUUACAGUGCUCGAUAUAUGUCUUCGCGUGCACCUGCACCGCAUCGAGCCCACUCGUUUGAUACAUGGCUUUGAAUGCUCCUCAUCCUUCAUCUUCUUCACUUUCAUGGCACAUAUUCGAGCAUAGACUCUCCGGAAUUUCCCCAACUCAUGUCAUGGCUGGAACGAGCGUAUGCGGAGAAGACCAAAGGAGACGCGGCAUUCUCGGAAGGGAACUACGGAGAGGCCGUGGAGUACUUCACUUCGGCCAUCUUUCUUGCACCCCUGAGCGAGUCUCUCUACUCGAAACGUUCUGCAUCGAACGCGUUCCUGCACAAUUACCAAGAAGCUCUGGAGGACGCGAAAAUCGCCUUGGAGUUGAAUCCCGACUGGGCUGAGGGCUACUUGAGAUUGGCGACGGCCUAUCAGGGAAUGAAAAAUCAUCGGGAAGCCAUCGCUGCGUACAAGAAGGGGCUCGAGUCCGAUCCCACCAAUGAAGCGAUAAAAUCAGGGCUUGCAGCAGCGCAGGGGGCGCAUUGGAAAGAGAAGGGGUUCAAAUUCAUCUGCUCGCAAAGUCAUCUGCUCUAUCUCGUUAUAUCAUUCCUGACCCUCCGAGUCCUCCAGAAGAUAUCUCCAUAAUCGAUGAUUUUCUUUCGACAGACAGACAGACAGACAGACAGACAGACACCACGGUAUGUAUGGAUUGUGUUGAAGCUUCUCACGAUUCGUUGGUAACAAGCGUGUAACUGUAUAGAUGUACAUUACAGUGUAUUUGCUACGGGAAAUUGAGAACCUAUGCGGACAAACGACACUUUUGCUUGCCUCUUUUCUUAAGAGACAUCCAAGGCCUGCAAAUUUCGAUGUGGCAAAGAACUACCGGCUUUCUAUGUGACCUUCCACUCGAAUUCUCAUUUGUUCAGUGAAACUCAAAUGUCCGACUCAGAUGCUUAUCACUCCACAUAUGUUCCUCAUUCCUCAUCUGACGUCCGUUGUUUACACCUUUCACGGUGCUGUUGUGGCUGCCAUCAUCCUUGAACUUGUGGAUCAGACUGUAUUGAAACUUCAAAACGAACAGAUCAAUUCACAGCAAAGGCUUUCACGAAUUUCAUUGACUAAAGCGUGAGUUGAUUAACGCUGUCUUCGUGUCGAAAGGAAUUCCCUGUCAGUGUCUAACUUACUGUGGCUUGAGUUCCACGCAUCAAGAAGAAAGAGAGAGUGGACGAGCCAAUUGUGACGAGAAUGAGAUCAGCUUCGUUCUUGACCGAACGCGCCUAGAAGGUGAAACAACGACUGGACAUUCUAUCCUGUUGUAAUUUGAG